AUGCUCUCAUCGGCAGCUCUCGAGCGCCUGGCGCUCUAUACAAGCCCCUAUAUUGCCCUUUAUGCUCUUCCCAUAAUUUGUUGCGCGUGGGUCGCAUACAUGCGCCUCUUCCACCCUCUCGCUGGCAUUCCUGGUCCCUUUUGGGCGUCGCUUUCCCGGACAUGGCUGGCAUUUCACGUCUAUAGAGGCCAUAUUGAUACUUUGCAACGUGACCUGCAUGACAAACUCGGAGACAUUGUGAGAAUUGCACCGGACGAAGUCUCCAUCUCGGACCCGGAGGCAAUCAAGAUCAUCUAUGGAAUCAAGAGUGGAUUCGUUAAGACAGACUUCUACGACGAGUUUCAAGCCAUGAAGCCUCAUCGUGAUCAUUUUUCUCGCCGGGACGAGAAAGUGCACGCCGACCGUCGCCGCUAUGUCAACAAUCUGUAUUCGAUGACAACCAUCUUGGAAUCGGAGCAGUGCAUUGACUCAUGCUCGGAAGUCUUUUUGCCCAAAAUGGCCAAGCACGCAGAUCAAUGCACGGUCGUCGACCUCGGGGAGUGGAUUCAGUGGUACACGUUCGACGUUAUCGGAGAGCUUUUCUUUGGUGAAAGGUUUGGAUUCCUCGACGGCGAACACGACUACGAGAACACUAUCCAACACCUAGAUUCUUUAUUUCCGGCUGCUGCAAUCGGCGGCGUGCUUCCUGUCUACGCGCGGAGGGUACUUCAACUAUUUGGUCCAUUGGCGCCCUCCAUCCGUGCCGGAAUCACUUGCUUCGAGAAUAUCCGGAAAAGGGCCGCAGCAGCUGUUCAAGGCCGCCUGGCGGAGGUGGAAGCUGGAAAUAGGGGCGGGCGGGCAGACAUGCUAGACAAGCUGAUCAGUCUCCUCCAAGUCAAACCAGGUUGGGUGGUCAUGGACAUCAACAGCGAGGUCUGCUCUGCACUGCUGGCAGGAAGCGACACCACCGCGAUUGCCAUUCGAGCGGUCCUUUACUAUUUGAUGAAGACCCCUGCCGCCAUGGAGACUCUUGUCGACGAGAUCCUCGCAGCUUCGGCGUCUGGUAAACUGUCCCCCAGCAUCCGUUACGCCGAAGCCAUCGAACUUCCCUAUCUUGUCGCCUGCAUCAAGGAGGGUCUGCGUAUCCAUCCAUCGGUGGGCAUGUCGCUGCCGCGCCAUGUGCCUCCUGGGGGUGCCACCAUCUCAGGUCGUUUCUUCCCCGGAGGUACACGAGUGGGGAUUAAUGCAGCGGUCGUUCAUUUCGACAAGAAUGUUUUUGGGGAUGACGCACUCCAGUUUGUGCCAGAACGAUGGCUUCAGGGCGAGGCCAGCGUUAAGAUGGAGCGCUACUUGUUCCACUUCGGCCAGGGGGCGAGGACUUGUCUGGGCAAGAAUAUAUCUCUUGCAGAAAUGUACAAAAUCAUCCCUCAGUUUCUACGACAAUUCAGAGUGGAGCUUGUUCAGCCCGACAAGGAGUGGCAUACCCAUGAUGCCUUUUUCAAUAAGCAGGAAGGCAUUCUCGUUCGCUUAUACAAGAGAUGA